CAUUCCACGUGACUUAUAAACCUUAACAAAACCCUGCUGCUGCGCUGCCGCCGCAGCCCGAGGAGGAUUGAAGGCAGCUGCAGCAGCGGGAUUUACAAGAAGAAGAGGAUGAAAUAGAGAAGAAAGAGAUGGCGUGGGCAGCUGUAUUUGUAAGGACUGCCGCUGGUGUGUUUGGGGUGUGGUAUGGAACUGUUUGGCUGGUUUGCUGUAUUGGUUACUAUCAACUACGGAAAAAGUUCUCGCACAAACCGCGUCCGUUCCCGCCUCCGCCAGCAUCAGCAGUCUCCCGCACCCUUCCCGGGAUCUCGAUCCUUCGCCCUCUCAAAGGCAUCGACACCGAAUUCGAAGCCUGUGUAUCCUCCGCGUUCGAGCAAGCCUAUCCGACAUUCGAAAUCCUGCUCUGCGUCGACGACGCCGAAGAUCCCGCGAUCCCCGUCGUCCGCGAGAUCAUGGCCCGCUAUCCGUCCGUGCCUUCGCGGCUGUUUGUCGGCGCAGAGCAUUGCGGCGUCAAUCCGAAAGUCAACAACCUCGUCCGCGCAUACGACGCCGCCGCGCACGACAUCGUCUGGGUGCUCGACUCGAACGUGUGGGUGACCUCAGGCGCGAUGGCUCGCGCGGCAGCUGCGUUCGAAGCCAACCCGCGCACCCAGCUCGUGCACCACCUGCCCAUCUGCGUCGCGGUUCCGCCGCCGGCAUGGGGCGCGCGUCUCGACGAACUCUUCAUGUCGUCCGCGCACGCAAAGUUCUACACCGCCAUCAACACUGUCGCGGUCGCGUCCUGCGUGAUGGGUAAGUCGAACCUGUUUCGCCGGUCGGUGCUGAAUAAGGUCGAUCCGGCGGGGAUCCGCUCGUUCUCGCGGUUCAUCGCCGAGGAUCAGAUGAUUGGCGACGGGAUCUGGAAGCAGGGCGGGAGACAUGCGAUGGACGGCGACCGCGUCGUGCAGCCGAUUGCAAAUACCUCGUUGAAGGAGUACUUCUUCCGUCGGACGCGGUGGCUGCGCGUGCGCAAGUACAUCGUCACCGCGGCCACCCUCGUCGAGCCCAUGACUGAGUGUUUUCUCUGCGGAGCAAUGGGCGCCUUUGCAUACUCCGUCUUCUCUUCAUCCCCCCUUAUAUCAGCACCGCACUUCUUCCUCCUCCACGUCGCUGCCUGGGCCGCCCUCGACUACUGGAUCUUCUGCUCCAUCCACUCCUCCACAAACAUCGAACUCACAGACUCCCCCUCCUCCUCCUUCUCCCCAACCCCCUACUUCGCCCGCCCGAACGCAGCAAUGGCUGCCCACUCGGGCUUCCCGACAUGGCUUCUGACCUGGUUCCUGCGCGAAUCCCUCGCGCUCCCGAUCUGGAUCACCGCCAUGCUCGGCACUCGCGUCGAAUGGCGCAAUCGUCUGUUUUACAUCAAACCCGACUCUACCGCUGUCGAGAUCCGCGCUUCUCCGCAGGCGAGAAGGAAGGUGCUUGGGUCGUGGUUUACUUCAUGAUAGAUUUGUAUAUAGGUUACCAAAAGUUAUAAACUAAAUGUAAAGA